UCGUUUCCCCACCAUUUCUAGCGCAUCAAACUCUCUCCUUGCCCUUCAUUCUCUCUUCCAAGCAUUUCGUCCAACACCUUUUCAAAAAGAAAAUAUUUCGCUUUCCCUAACAUGGCCAGACCACAACAACGCUAUCGAGGAGUCCGACAAAGGCACUGGGGCUCUUGGGUCUCCGAGAUACGCCACCCAUUGUUGAAGAUAAGGAUUUGGUUAGGCACAUUCGAAACAGCGCACGACGCAGCGCGAGCCUACGAUGAGGCUGCAAGGUUAAUGUGUGGACCGAGAGCAAGAACCAACUUCCCUUACAACCCAAAUGCGUCACAAUCGUCAUCUUCAAAGCUUCUCUCGGCAACAUUGACAGCAAAACUGCGCAAGUGUUAUAUGGCCUCACUUCAAAUGACCAAGCAAUCAGCGCACGAACAGCCGGAAAAGACACCAUCUUCACACGCUAUCACCACCAAUGCGAUUUCUGUGAAGGGUGGUGAAAUGGGUGCACUGCCAUUGCCAGAGAACAAAGUAAUGCCAGUUCAAGUGGAGAGUACUCAACAAUUUAAGCCACUUGAAGAGGAUCACAUUGACCAAAUGAUCGAGGAACUGCUGGAUGAUGGUUCAAUUGAGUUAUGCUCUGCUGCACCACCCCAGGCUCUGUAAACUGUAAUGUCUCUGCUAAUGCAGACAGAGCAUUUGCUAAUUUAACCCAUUUUUAUUCAUCAUUGGCAGGGCUCAUUCAAGAGUAAUAUUAGAAGUUUAGAACCCAAUUUCAGUCCUAAAACUAUGUUCUAAGUUAGCAGAUUUAUGCUCCUUUUAAUGUACAGUAAAUCAUGUGAUAUAUCAUAAUCUUAUGUGCUUCUCCGUUUCAAUAUUGGGUUAGCUUUUCA